CAAAUAUAUGCCAUUUGAUUGGUCGGCGUCAUAAAUUUCCCAUUUUGACUUUCGUACAGGCCCAAAAAAGAUAGCUCUUCUGCAAAGGCAUCGCGAUAGAUCAUCAAACAUGACUCAACCAGUUCACUCCGUUCUGUUUGACUCCAACGCUGAUUCCAACGCAUACUAUAACCAACAAGCUGCCUCUGGAGGAGAUAACUUGCAAUUCUAUUCAUCAUCUUAUGGCGAUAAUUACAAUGCCUCGCCUUCAUACUACGGCAAUGCACCUCCCGGCCCGCCAGCCAACAUGCAAAGUGGUAAUAACUUCGACUACAGUAGAUCCCCUGGAUCUUUUUGGAGUGCAUUUGGAACAGGUGGAUUCGAUGAUGAGCCUCCGCUAAUGGAGGAACUUGGCGUCAACUUCCAGCACAUUAGAGCAAAGAGCAUGGCCGUAUUGAAUCCUUUUAAACCUGUUCCAUCCAACAUUAUGGACGAUGCCGACAUGGCAGGACCUCUGCUCUUUAUCCUUAUGUUUGGCGUUUUCCUUCGAAUCACUGGUAAAAGCCAUUUUGGAUACAUCUAUGGUGUAGGAGUGCUUGGCAUGGUGUCUAUCUUCCUCAUCCUUAAUAUGAUGAGCCAAACUGGUAUUGACUGGUCACGGACAGCGAGCGUUUUGGGUUACUGCCUACUACCUAUGGUCAUGCUCAGUGGAUUUAGCGUUGUGCUUCAAUUAGGAAGUGCCAUUGGAUUUAUCUUGUCAGUCGUUAGUAUUCUAUGGUGUACCUUCUCAAGCUCAGGCAUGUUCACGAGUGUUUUGCACAUGAAUGAGCAACGCUUUUUAGUCGCUUACCCUGUAGGUUUAUUUUAUGCCUGCUUUGCCUUGAUGACCGUAUUUUAGAGGUCUUCGCUUUUCUUUGAAUGUAUAUAAUACAAUACCGUGAUCGAUCAAUAAUACAGGCAAUAGAUGAUUUUAAUCUUCGCACUGUUAAAACCAGCACACC